AUGUUAUACUUUAAUCAGAAUCUCGAUCACUUCACUUUCACACCGAAAAGCUACAUGACAUUUCAACAAAGAUACGCCAUCGAUUCCAAGCACUGGGGUGGUGCUAAAGCAAACGCACCAAUCUUAGCGUUUCUUGGAGAAGAGUCGUCCUUGGACUCCGAUUUGUCUGCCAUCGGUUUUCUUCGUGACAACGGUCCUCGUUUUAAAGCGCUCCUCGUCUACAUAGAGCAUAGGUAUUAUGGAAAGAGUAUGCCAUUUGGAUCGGCAGAAGAAGCAUUGAAGAACGCGAGUACGUUGGGGUAUUUAAACGCAGAACAAGCCCUAGCAGACUAUGCCGCGAUUCUCUUGCACGUUAAGGAGAAGUACUCAACCAAACACAGCCCUAUCAUUGUCAUAGGAGGAUCAUAUGGUGGAAUGUUAGCGGCAUGGUUCAGGCUAAAAUACCCGCACAUAGCACUCGGAGCUUUAGCAUCUUCAGCUCCUCUUCUCUACUUUGAAGAUAUUCGUCCUAAAGUUGGUUAUUAUUAUAUUGUAACCAAUGUUUUCAAGAAAACGAGUGAGAGAUGUUAUAACACAAUCCGUAGAUCUUGGCAAGAAAUCGAUAGAGUUGCUGCCACACCCAACGGUCUCUUGAUCCUCAGCAAAAAAUUCAAAACUUGCGCUCCAUUGAACGGAAGCUUCAAUAUCAAAGACUUCAUGGAUUCAAUAUACGCGGAAGCUGUUCAAUACAACCGGGGUCCAAGUUAUUGGGUGACCAGCGUGUGUAACGCAAUCAACGCCAACCCACCAAACCGUAAAAUUGAUUUACUCGACCGGAUUUCCGCAGGUGUUGUCGCUUUAGUAGGCAACCGAUCUUGCUAUGAUACCAAUAUGUUUGCGCAGCCUACAAACAAUAACAUUGCAUGGAGAUGGCAGAGCUGCAGCGAGAUAGUAAUGCCGAUAGGAUAUGACAAACAAGACACGAUGUUCCCAACGUCGCCGUUUAAUAUGACCAGUUUUAUUGACGGCUGUGAAUCUUACUAUGGUGUCCCUCCUCGGCCACAUUGGAUCACGACGUACUUUGGCAUUCAGGAUGUCAAGUUAAUUCUUCGAAGAUUUGGGAGCAACAUCAUUUUCUCUAAUGGAUUGUCAGAUCCUUACAGCGUUGGCGGAGUCUUAGAGGAUAUUUCAGAUACUUUAGUCGCCAUGAUGACAAAAAAUGGUUCACAUUGUCAAGACAUUGGGUUGAAGAGCAAAGGAGAUCCGGAGUGGCUUGUGAUGCAACGAGAGGAAGAAAUUAAUAUAAUUGAUUCUUGGAUUUCAACCUACCAAAAAGAUCUACAAAUUCUUAAGUCUUAA